AUGGAAAUACAAGAUAUACAAUGGUUUAAUUAUGCUAACGAGGUUCAUUAUAGAAAAGUGUUACUUGUAUAUUUAGCCACUUUAUUACACAAAAAGUACAAAAAACACAGAUCAAAACCCAGAUUGCAUAUUAAACCAUUUUUAAAAGAAAGGAGAGUACAUGGGCAUUGGCAUUGUUUGACAAGUGGACUGCAAUUAAUAAAUUCAGAACUGUACCAAAACUUUAUAAGAAUGUCUGCUAGUACAUUUGAAGAACUGGUGUGCGUAGUCGGACCCAAAAUAAAGAGAUUUCCAAGUCGGCCUGAUAUAUUAUCGGUUGGAGAAGUCCUAACUGCAACUUUGCGGUAUCUUGCCUCUGGCGAAUCAAUGAUGUCGAUUAUGUACUCUUUUCGUAUAGGGAAGGCUACUGUAUCUAAAUUAAUCUUACAAUGUUGUGAAGUUUUAUGGGAUACUUUAAAUAAAAAGGUAUUAGUUGUACCAGUUACUAAUAAAUGGGCACAAAUAGCUGCUGAGUUUGAAAACAAAUGGCAAGUACCAAAUUGUGUAGGCAGUAUUGAUGGUAAACAUAUAAUACACCAGGCAUUUGCAAAUAGUGGAUCUGAAAACUAUAACUAUAAAGGAUCACAUAGUAUAAUACUGUUGGCAAUGUGUGAUGCCAGUUAUAACUUUACAAUAGUAGACAUUGGUGCAGCUGGAAGAUGUAGUGAUGGCGGAGUUUUCUCCAACUCUGAAAUGGGCAAGGGUUUUUUUCAAAAUAAUUUAAAUUUCCCAACUGCUAAAGAUAUAGAUAGUGCCAAUGGUCCUAUUCCAUACUACGCACUUGGCGAUAAAGCGUUUCCACUACUAACUAAUCUUAUGCACCCUUACCCAGGAAGAGGUAAAAGAAAAUUGCCAUUAAACGAAUCAAUAUUUAACUAUAGGUCGACUUUCCAGAGGCAGACGUACAAUUGA